AUGACAGCACUUGACGGUAUGCCAUACAGGGCAUUUACAGAAUCUGAAGACCUGAAGCAUCUAUUUAAAAAAGCUGGUUAUAAAUUACCUACGAGCGCAAAUACUAUAAAAGAUGUGACUAUAAAGUUUUAUGAUAAGACUAAGAAAAACCUUAUAAAGGAAAUACAGGAACUAAAGGAUGAAGGACACAAAUUUUCGGUUUCAAUAGAUGAAUGGACAUCUUCAAGAAAUAGGCGAUAUAUGAAUAUGAAUCUUCACUGUGCAUUUUUCAAAGGUAACCACCACACGACGAGAAAUCUUGGUUUAUGUAGGACGUAUGGCUCUGUUACCGCUAUCAAGUGUGAAGAAUACCUGCGAGAAAGGCUACACGAAUUUAAAUUAGAUUUUGACACUGAUGUGAUCGCCAUUAUAUCUGAUGGAGCUUCUGUUAUGACAAAACUAGGGGAAAUUUAA